AUGAGCGAGAGCAUGGAAAUUGACCGUGACACCGCCGUUACGAAGAUGCUAGAAGACGCAACGUUUCACGAUGUCACUUUAGUUGGCAAUGACGGUGUGAAGGUGGGGGCGAACCGUACCUUCCUUGGAGCUCGGAAUCCAGUCUUCCGAAGAAUGCUCUUUGGCGGGUUCACAGAGGCCACCAGCCGAGAAGUAAACCUCGGUCACCCUGGUGCUGUUGUGAAGGCAAUCGUUGAGUACGUGCACACCGACACUGCAGGUGUCCUCACUGUUCCUCGCGACAAUGGCGACGACAGCAUGGAAGCCAAGGUCCCCGGGUUGGCCACCCCAUCACUUUCUCUCGCCACGUUGGAAGCUUCGUCCAAAGAAGGCCCUUCCGUCCAAGAGGAAACGACCGAACUGGCCAUGUCGCAUCUUCGACUUGUAACCAACGGCGGUCUAGAUAACAGUGUCGUGGUCCAGUUGACGCCAUCCGUCUUGGAGUGCAUUCUAAAAUGCGACAAGAAUGGCAUGGAGGAGCUUGCAUUGUUCAAUAUACUCCGCACGUGGGCUGAAAGCGACUGUACCAUUGGUGGUGACCUCGAUCGUCGCACAAUUGCAUCACAACUUGCCGAGCAUAUCCGGUUGGAAUGCAUUGACCCCCGAAAGUUGUCAACAGACGUCGCUGCUUGCGGACUCGUUUCGAAGGACCGGCUUGCAGAAGCAUACAAACUCCAAGCCAUUUCUGCAUGUGAAAAACACAAUUGUUCCUACGAGCAACGACGUGCUAGUAGUAUUUGCGGUUUACCGGUGUGGGAAAGGUCCUCGUCUUUCAUCAGCAGCAGUGACAAGCAGCAACAUGAAACAGAGCUAUUGAAAACGCCUCCGAUUUCAUGUGGAAUUCAUCGGUGGACAGUCCAAGUCGAGAAAAUUUGCGAUUAUACUUGGGUCGGGAUAGCAUUGACAGGAAAGGAGAUCAAUCGCAACCAUUUCCUUGGGUUCCAAGAUGGCGGGUGGGUAUACAGCCACAGUGGUACAUGUUACCAUGGAGGGCAAAAUCAAGACUUGAGUUUGCCAAAGUUUGACGCAGGAUCUGAAGUCACCCUGACUCUCAACCUUGCCACCGGCGACGUAAAGAAUGGAUCGUUGCUCGCCUCGGUGAACGGCGGUGCCGAGUCUGUUCUGUUCAAAGGGUUGCGCUCUCACCUCAAUGGCAACAAUGGUUUUGUUCCUGCAACUUCAUUGAACCAAGGUGGGCAAAUCCGUCUCACAGACUAUCGAAUUUUGCCGGCUUAG